GAUAGAGAAGGAAGAAGAAGAAAAACAGAGUGAGGAGACUCGAAACCUAUCGGAAAAUCAGAAAAAAAUGAGCGGAGUUUCAACGGCGGCGUAUUUCGCGCGGAGAGCGGCGCAGAAGGAAAGGGUUCGAAUCCUCUAUCGACGUGCCCUUAAGGAUACUCUGAACUGGGCUGUUCAUCGCCACAUUUUCUACCGCGACGCUUCUGAUCUGCGCGAGAAGUUCAAUGCCAACCAGGAUGUGGAGGAUGUUGACAGAAUCGACAAACUGAUUGCUCACGGUGAAGCAGAGUACGACAAGUGGAGACACCCUGAUCCUUAUAUCGUUCCAUGGGCUCCUGGUGGCUCAAAGUUCUGUAGAAACCCUACUCCGCCUGCUGGGAUUGAGAUUGUGUACAACUACGGUCAAGAAGACAACCCUUAAAUCUGAUUUUCAUACCCAUCAAUAAAAUUUGAAGCAUCUUGUGGCUAUGGUUCAGAGGAUAAACUAAAGGCUUUCAAGGUUGAAACUUUGAGGGACCAAUUGUAGUUUUCUAAGAUGUUUCGUUUGAGUUAAAGACACCUAUUGUUUCAGCUUGGUAUACUUCUUCCAUCUAAAAACAUUCUCGGCUGCUCUUUAGCUGCCAAGCAUCUCAUCAUGAUAUGCAUGGAUAAAAACAAGAAGUUGUGUGUGUUUUGUCUACUUUGACCACAUUAUCUAUCAGUGUUUUAUACCGGUUUAAA